UUUGGUCUUCAUUUAUUUACGUUCGUAAGAGUGACCAUGCGUUAUCGUUUUUCGGUUUCUCUCUGACAUGAUAUUACUUUUCUAGUGAGUUUCAUAUCUGAUUUCACAACUUUUACUUUCCUUGAAAAAUGAAUUCAACUGCAGAAGCUAUUGAUUUUGAAUGUCCUAAGGGGUUUACCAAAGAAGAUGUGCAAUCUCAAUUAUAUUUUGAAGAUAUAGACGAUGACUCUGAAUUAUGGUUGAUACGUAUGCCCAGCGAUAUGGACCCAAAUGUUUUGGAAAAUCAAAGAAUUUCACUGGAUAAAUCCUCUGAGAUACUUGGGGGAAACGACGGAAAAUUUUAUGAAUAUUUUACGGAAAAGUGUGCCAUGCCUAACUUAUGUUUAGUUGUGCCCCAUAAAGAGAGUAAAAUUCUUGAAGAACUCAAAAAGCCAUUUAAAGGAUCAAUUCUGGUAACUGAUUACAUGUUAGUAGAUACCGAUACUUCAGUAAAGACGGAAGUAGAAGAAAGUGGGAUGGAAAAAGAAAAUAAUGUUUCAGAACAACAAAAUGAAGAUACAUCUGUAAGAAAGAAGUCGAAAUCCCAUAAGAGUAGUAAAGAUAAAGAAGAUAUGGAACUUUCAUUCAACUUAAAUUUAGAAGACAAUCAUGAGGAUAACUCUUCACUAGAAAAACCUACAAAAAAGAGCAAAAAGAAAAAGUCCAAAGAUUCAGAUACUAUGAAAGUGGAACCAAUGUCAGAUGCUGACGAAUUUCCUAACUGCAAAUCUCAAAAGACGUAAAUUUGUAUAUAAUAUUGGUACAAAUAAAUAUAUAAUCUUGAUA